UGACCCUUGUCCAACUGCACCAACCUGCAACCACAGCCAUCCGUCGUCUGCAGCCACUCAUCAUCCAUAGCCAUCCACCGUCUGCAACUCCCCUCGCUCAUAUCCUCCCGAUACCGCCAUGUCCUCUCUUCCUCCCACCGAGAAUGCCAACGAGGAAAUCGUCGGCGGAACAGCAAAGCAAAUGCGCUUCCGCAACAAGAACGAGAUGAACUGGCGAGUGAUCCGUGAGAGUAUUCCGUACGGAGCCGCAACAACGGUGGCCGCCCUGGGGCUCUCUGCCGUCGCUCAGAAGCGCUGGCCCUUCUACCAGCGUCUCACGCUGCCCAUCAAGGUAUCCGUCAUCCUGGGCUCCACCAUCAUUGGUUUCUUCACGGCCAGCGACAUUGUGGCCAUGAAGAUCGAUCGCGAGUUUGCCCAGCAGUUCUCUGUUGUUCGUGAAAGCGAGGUCGAGACCGAUGCUUCCCAGGGCCAGAUCAACUUUACCACGGCCGAGGGCUGGAAGAAUGCGUUUGUCCGCUUUCGCUACAGCGCUGUCGCCGGUCUCUGGGCUACUUCGAUGGCCGUUGCUCUCGGCUACAACUUCCGACGCACCGACAUCACCCACGCCCAGAAGGUCAUCAACGCACGCAUGACGGCUCAGCUGCUGGCCCUGGCGGGUGUGAUGGGUGUCGCCGGUGUGUCGGCCAUGGUUGAUAUCAAGCCCAUGGUGAAGAUUGAUCCAUACUACGAACGCAUCGUCGCCGGUGGAUCCAAGCCGGCCACAUCCUGAGUGUCAAGCCAAGCCUCGAUGCAGCGAGCGCUGCUCUGGGACUGGCGGUGCUGUGAUCAGACCCGUCCUGGUUUGGCGAUGGCCGUGCUUGAUGUGGUGAAGUGGUU